GAAUAUCCAAAAUGGUACAUACUAUGUUUUGUCAAUCAACUACAAAAACCAUACAAUCCGACUUGUCGAUCCUGGUCUACUAAGGGAUAGUUGCCCCUUUAGGCCACUCCACCCUUUGACAUAUAGUAAUUUUACAGACCUUUCUGGUUACGAGGUGCCAGUUUUGCCCGAAAACAAUGUAGCCUUUUUUGAUUGUUCAUCGCCAGUUGAGUCUACUGCCUACAUAGAAACCAUAUGUAGUAGUAACACUAGUACUAACUCAUCAUCCAAGACACUAUAUUCUUAUAUUAUGGUGGGAGACAGUGUGGAUUAUCUCCUACCUUCUUGUAAUAUGACGAGCAUCAGUCUUGCGAUGCUAGAGCAAAAAGCCGGAAACUUUUCAUUUUCUUUCAUCCGUGAUGAAUUGAAAAAGGGAUUUGAGCUUUCAUGGUCGCUACUUGUCUGCGAUCAGUGCAAUGAAAGGGGUGGCCUAUGCUUUAUGGGAUAUCCCAAUGGAAGCUUCUGGUUGAGCUGCGAUAACGCGUGCCAUACGCCAUUCCUAUCCUUCUAUUGUUUUUGUUAUUACUGGAAACAUCAUUUCAUAAUAGCGGCAAAGUUAAUUGGAGGGAGCCUCAUGGCACGAAUGGCACUUGGAUUUAUCACUUUGUUGGGUUUCUGGAGCUACAGAUGGAAAAAGUUCUUGAAGGAUGACGCAGUUGAAAAAUUCUUGGAUGCAUACAAGAAUCUUAAGCCGAGAAGGUAUUCCUAUUCAGAUAUUAAGAAGAUGACAACUGAUUUCAAAGAUAAAGUCGGUGAGGGAGGCUUUGGCUCCGUUUACAAAGGAGAGCUCUUAAAUGGUCAUCUUGUUGCAGUAAAGAUGUUGAAAGGUCCUAAAGGUAAGGGGCAAGAUUUCAUCAAUGAAGUUGCCACAAUAGGAAGAAUUCAUCAUGUCAAUGUGGUACAACUAGUUGGAUUCUGUUCUGAGAGAACAAAAAGAGCACUUAUUUAUGACUUCAUGCCAAAUGGAUCCCUAGACAAUUCAAUCUUUUCGGAGAAAGAAAAACAUAUUCCUCUAGGUUGGGAUAGAAUGCAUGCAAUAGCUUUGGGGGUGGCUCAUGGAAUUGAAUACCUGCACCAAGGAUGUGACAUGCAAAUCCUACACUUUGAUAUUAAGCCCCACAACAUUCUUCUUGAUGAAAACUUCAAUCCCAAGAUUGCAGACUUCGGGCUUGCCAGAUUUUACCCGAGAGGUCAUUACACAAUUUCAGUUACUGAUCCAAGAGGCACGAGGGGAUAUAUAGCUCCAGAAAUGUACUACAAAACCAUCGGUGGGGUUUCAUACAAAGCUGAUGUUUAUAGCUUUGGAAUGUUGUUGCUGGAAAUGGUGGGCCGAAGGAAGAACUUGAACGCAGAUGUAGAACGUGUGAGCCAAAUAUACUUCCCAUCCUGGAUUUAUGAGCAACUGGAAAAGGGAUUGAACAUUGAAAUUGAGGGUGCCUGUGAGAAUGAUAACAAGAAAAUAGCCAAGAAGUUGAUCAUGGUUGGAUUGUGGUGCAUACAAUUCAACCCUAUUGAUCGCCCUACUAUGAGUAAAGUUAUAGAGAUGUUUGAAGGUGAAGUUGGUGAUAUGCAAAUGCCUCCAAAACCUUUCUUCACUCCAGAGGAGAUGCCAACGGAGGAUCCACCUGGUGAGAGAUAUCGACGGUAGAUCAAGAGAUACCAACCCUGCCACCCCGUGCAAAAAGGGCAUCCCCGUUGUUGGUAGAAGCAAAUUGCUAAUAGAUAUUUCCCUGAGCUGUCUAUAAUUACCACUUGUACCCCUUCUGUUAUAUGUAUUUAGUAGUUACCAUAUAGGAAUAAGUUUCCUAUAUUCUAUUGUACUAACUUAUAGUACAAUUGUAACAAAAAAAUAAAAAUAAAAUAAAACUUAUAUAGUACAAUUGGUUGUGUAGUACUUUAGGG